GCCCCCUCCCCGCGUGUGAGCCGCGCCGUGCCGUUCUGCCGGCGGCCGUGGGCCCCCCCCCCGGCGCCCGCCUAGCCCACCCGAGCCGGGGCUGGCGGUGUCCGCAGCGGGAGGAGGAAGAGGAGGAGGAAGGCUCCGGGGGGGCUCCGGGGAGCUGAGGGCCGGCCGCCCCCCUGCGCGCGGGAGCCUUUGUGUCCCCCAGCCCCGGCGGAGUGAGGGGCCGGGGGCAGGGAGCGGAUGCGGAGAGCGGCUGGUGCUGCUGGAGGAGGAAGAGAAAAGGGGGAUGGUGGAAGAUUGCUCUCUUUUUUUUUUUUUUUUUUUUUUUUUCCCUUCCUUUUUUUCGGUGGUCUCUUCGACAGCGGCUCCUCGUCCCCGGCGGCGGCAGCAGCAGCAGCAGCAGCAGCAAGGCAGGCGAUGACCGUGCCGCAUCCGGAUCGCCCGGGCGGAGGUGCGGGCUCCGCGGCCACCCCCCGGCCCUGAGGCUGCCCACCUGGAGGAGGUAGAGCCGCGGGGCUGCGGCCGGGGGCUGGCGGCGGGGAGAGGGGGAGAGACCGCCUCCCCAUCCCCACACACCCUCCGGGAUCCAGCGUGUGCUGCGGGAGGAGAAGGCAGCGGAGGAGAGACUUUUUCUUCUUCCUUUUUUCCCCCCUCCUUUUAAUUUUUUUUAUUACUAUUAUUAUUAUUUUUUACAUUUUUCUUUCCUUGGGCGAAGAUCCCUGCUCCUUGUGUGCCUCCUGGUACCGUGGCCAGCUCUGCUUUUCAUGACUGGAUUGUGGCAGCAGCAGCAGCAGCUCCCCGCUGCAGGUUGUUGAGGAACCGAUGGGGAUUGGCAUCUCGGCAGCCGGAGGUGACUAAAGAGUUCCUUGAGGAUGCAGACAUCUUGGAAACAAGUUGUGAAGCCCACUUCAGGGAGGGAAGCCAGCCUGUUUAUAGCUGCUGCUAGCUCUUUCCAGGUGUUCAAACCCUCUCCAGAAAUGCUGAAUUCAGUACUCUGCAAAAAUAGCGUAUGGAUUUUCAGCACCUGAAGAGCAAGAAAAGGUCGCAGAUUCUGGAUACUGGCUGUGGGAUUUUUUUUUAUUAUUAUUUUUAUUAUUUUUGAUUGGCUUUUUCUCCCUUCUUGGAUGUGAGUUGAAGGCCAACAGUUGAAGUUUUGAAAACCAGUGCAGAAGGACACUCACCUUGUUUUGUUUGAACCCUUGUUUGCUGGGAUACUUUCAAGCCCUCCUUCACAGUCAUGUGGUCAUCACAGCUGCUGUUCUUCACAAUGCUCUUAACACCGUUAGCCCAUGCUUUCAGCCGUGCCCCGGUCCCCAUGGCUGUGGUCCGAAGGGAACUGUCCUGUGAGAGUUACCCCAUAGAGCUUCGCUGCCCGGGAACAGAUGUUAUCAUGAUUGAAAGUGCCAACUACGGGAGGACUGAUGAUAAAAUCUGUGACUCUGAUCCUGCUCAGAUGGAGAAUAUCCGCUGUUAUCUGCCAGAUGCCUAUAAGAUUAUGACUCAAAGAUGCAGUAAUCGGACCCAAUGUGCUGUUGUGGCUGGCCCUGAUGUGUUUCCAGACCCUUGCCCUGGGACGUACAAAUACCUGGAGGUUCAGUAUGAAUGUGUCCCUUACAAAGUGGAGCAAAAAGUUUUCCUUUGCCCUGGACUGCUGAAAGGAGUAUACCAGAGCGAACACCUGUUUGAAUCCGACCACCAGUCUGGUGCCUGGUGCAAAGACCCGCUGCAGGCAUCUGACAAGAUCUACUACAUGCCCUGGACGCCUUAUCGGACAGACACACUGACGGAGUACUCGUCCAAGGAUGACUUCAUCGCUGGGAGGCCGACCACGACCUACAAACUCCCUCACCGAGUGGACGGCACAGGGUUUGUGGUGUACGACGGGGCUUUGUUCUUCAACAAGGAGCGAACCCGAAAUAUAGUCAAGUUUGACUUGCGGACAAGGAUAAAAAGUGGGGAGGCUAUCAUAGCUAAUGCAAAUUACCAUGACACCUCUCCCUACCGCUGGGGAGGCAAGUCUGAUAUAGACCUGGCCGUGGAUGAGAAUGGGCUAUGGGUUAUCUAUGCAACAGAACAAAAUAAUGGCAAAAUAGUCAUUAGCCAGUUAAACCCUUAUACAUUAAGGAUUGAAGGGACGUGGGAUACUGCCUAUGACAAGAGGUCAGCUUCUAACGCUUUUAUGAUCUGUGGGAUUUUAUAUGUGGUCAAGUCUGUGUAUGAAGAUGAUGACAAUGAAGCCACGGGGAAUAAAAUAGACUACAUAUAUAACACUGACCAAAGCAAGGAUAGCAUGGUGGAUGUGCCCUUUCCAAACUCCUAUCAGUACAUUGCUGCUGUGGAUUAUAAUCCCCGGGACAACCUUCUUUACGUAUGGAACAACUAUCACGUAGUGAAGUAUUCCUUGGAUUUUGGCCCGCUGGACAGCAGAGCAGGGCAGGCUCACCAUGGGCAGGUUUCCUAUAUUGCCCCACCGAUCCACCUCGAUUCGGAUCUGGAGCGACCUCCAUCUAAGGGGGUAUCGACAUCAGGGGCACUGGGCCCAGUGAGCACCACUACCAGCACCACGCCACGAAUGGCUACCAGCAGCACUGGUCGCCCCACCACCACCUCGGCCUUGGGCAGGAGGAACAGGAGCACCAGCAUGCCCUCACCCAUGGCUGAUGUCCCUGAUGAGAUGACCACGCACCUCCCGCCCGCCUCCUCCCAGCUGCCCCCAGCUGGUGCCGAGAGCUGCGACCCAAUGGAAGCCCGUGAUAUUAUGUGGUCUCGGACCCGGCAGGGACAAGUGGCUAAGCAACCAUGUCCCAUGGGCUCGAUAGGUGUUGCAACUUUCCGGUGUCUUGCACCAGAUGGAAUCUGGGAGCCCCAGGGACCAGAUCUCAGCAACUGCUCUUCUCCCUGGAUCAACCACAUCACUCAGAAGAUGAAGUCAGGGGAGAUGGCUGCCAAUAUUGCCCGAGAGCUUGCAGAGCACACCAGAAACCACUUGUAUGCUGGUGACAUCACAUACUCCGUGUCUGCCAUGGUCCAACUGGUGAACUUGCUUGAUGUACAGCUCCGAAACCUGACGCCAGGUGGGAAGGACAGUGCUGCACGCAGCUUGAAUAAGCUUCAGAAAAGGGAGCGCUCUUGCAGGGCCUAUGUCCAGGCCAUGGUGGAGACGGUGAACAACCUUCUGCAGCCACAGGCUCUGAAUGCCUGGAGGGACCUGAAUGCAAGUGAACAACAACGUGCAGCCACCAAAUUGCUUGACACUGUGGAGGACAGUGCCUUCGUGCUGGCUGAUAACCUGCUGAAGACUGACAUUGUCCGUGAAAACACCGACAAUAUCCAGCUGGAAGUUGCAAGACUAAGCACAGAUGGCAAUCUAGAAGAUCUGAAGUUUCCCCAGAACACGGGCCAUGGGAGCGCCAUUCAACUUUCGGCAAAUACCUUGAAACAAAAUGGUCGAAAUGGUGAAAUCAGGGUGGCCUUUGUGCUUUACAACAACUUGGGCACCUAUCUCUCCACGGAGAAUGCUAGCAUGAAAUUAGGAACCGAAGCGAUGUCUACUAAUCACUCCGUCAUCGUCAACUCCCCUGUCAUCACGGCAGCAAUAAACAAAGAGUUCAGCAAUAAGGUUUAUCUAGCUGAUCCCGUGGUCUUUACCGUCAAGCAUAUCAAGCAGUCAGAAGAAAAUUUCAAUCCAAACUGUUCAUUCUGGAGCUACACUAAGCGUACCAUGACUGGGUAUUGGUCCACCCAAGGAUGUCGCCUCCUGACAACUAACAAGACGCACACCACAUGCUCCUGCAAUCACCUAACCAACUUUGCGGUCCUGAUGGCACAUGUAGAAGUUAAGCACAGCGACGCAGUGCAUGACCUGCUUCUGGACUUCAUCACCUGGGUGGGCAUCCUGCUGUCACUUGUCUGCCUCCUGAUCUGCAUCUUCACCUUCUGCUUCUUCCGUGGGCUACAGAGUGACCGCAACACAAUUCACAAGAACUUGUGCAUAAGCCUCUUCGUAGCAGAACUUCUCUUUCUCAUUGGCAUCAACCGGACUGACCAGCCGAUUGCUUGUGCUGUCUUUGCUGCCCUCCUGCACUUCUUCUUCCUGGCGGCUUUCACCUGGAUGUUCCUGGAAGGUGUGCAGCUCUACAUCAUGCUGGUGGAGGUUUUUGAGAGUGAACACUCGCGGAGGAAGUACUUCUAUUUGGUUGGCUAUGGCAUGCCUGCACUGAUCGUGGCCGUGUCAGCAGCAGUGGACUACCGGAGCUAUGGCACAGACAAAGUAUGUUGGCUCCGACUUGACACCUACUUCAUUUGGAGCUUUAUAGGACCAGCGACCUUGAUAAUUAUGCUUAAUGUUAUCUUCCUUGGGAUUGCUCUCUAUAAAAUGUUUCAUCAUACUGCCAUACUGAAACCUGAAUCUGGAUGUCUUGACAAUAUCAACUAUGAGGAUAACAGACCCUUCAUCAAGUCCUGGGUGAUAGGUGCGAUAGCCCUGCUUUGCCUAUUAGGACUGACCUGGGCAUUUGGACUCAUGUAUAUUAAUGAAAGCACAGUCAUCAUGGCGUAUCUCUUCACCAUAUUCAAUUCUCUGCAGGGAAUGUUUAUAUUCAUUUUCCAUUGUGUCCUCCAGAAAAAGGUACGUAAAGAGUACGGAAAAUGCCUGCGCACACAUUGCUGUAGUGGGAAAAGUACAGAGAGCUCCAUUGGCUCAGGAAAAACCUCGGGGUCACGGACACCUGGAAGAUAUUCCACAGGCUCACAGAGCCGGAUUCGUAGGAUGUGGAACGACACAGUUCGAAAGCAGUCCGAGUCUUCCUUUAUUACUGGAGAUAUAAACAGUUCAGCUUCACUCAACAGAGGAGCCAUGGCUAAUCAUCUUAUAACCAAUGCUCUGCUUCGUCCUCAUGGCACUAACAACCCUUAUAAUACAUUGCUCGGGGAAUCGGCGGUCUAUAACAACCCUUCUGUCAGCAUGUACAACGCACAAGAGCCCUACAGAGAGACAAAGGGGCUUCUGAACAAUGCCAGGGAUACAAGUGUCACGGAUACUCUACCACUGAAUGGUAAUCACGGCAACAGCUACAGCAUCGCCAGCGGCGAGUACCUCAGCAACUGCGUGCAAAUCCUCGACCGCGGGUACAACCACACCGAGAAUGCCCUCGAGAAAAAGAUCCUGAAGGAACUCACCUCCAACUACAUCCCCUCCUACCUGAACAACCAUGAGCGCUCCAGCGAGCAGAGCCGCAACCUGAUGAACAAACUCGUCAACAGCGUGGGCGGCGGGAGCGAGGACGAUGCCAUCGUGCUGGACGACGCCACCUCCUUCACCCACGAGGAGAGCCUGGGCCUGGAGCUCAUCCACGAGGAGUCAGACGCCCCGCUGCUGCCCCCCCGUGUGUACUCGGCCGAUGGCCCCCAGCCCCACCUCUACAGCCGGCGGCGCAUCCCACAGGACAACAGCGAGAGCUUUUUCCCCUUGCUGACCAACGAGCACACGGAUGACCUCCAGUCACCCAACAGGGAUUCUCUGUACACCAGUAUGCCCGCACUGGCUGGCAUGCCCGUGGCGGAAAGCGUUGCCGCCAGCACCCAGACCGACCCCCCGCCGGCAAAAAGCGGCGACGCCGAUGAUGUUUACUACAAGAGCAUGCCCAACCUCGGCUCCAGGAACCACGUCCAUCAGCUACACACGUACUACCAGCUAGGCCGAGGCAGCAGCGACGGCUUUAUAGUCCCGCCGAACAAAGAGGGAACCUCCCCGGACGGCAGUGCGAAAGGACCCGCUCAUUUGGUCACUAGUCUAUAGAAGGUUAAGCAAAAAUGAAGCAAAUGGACACCCACGGCCCCUCCGUAACGCUCGGUUUACUGUUCUGAGUUAAUACAAGCAGUGGUAAUAUUGUGUGUACUCCUAAAUCUUCAUGCUGUUCUAAGCGAAAUGAAACUCUCAGACUUUUUUUACUGGAAUUUUUAGGCCAGCCCGGAGAGAACAGGAACUGCUGCCCCCUCCCUCCCCCCAGUCCCUCCCCAUCCUCCCUCCCUUCAGACAGACUUCAUUAUGUUAAUGAAAGAGAUAGGACAGAUAACGGCACACUUCGUGGCCUUCUCAAGUUAUGCUGUAUUUGUUUAAACGAUCCUUGAUGCUGUGUUGCUAUUAAUACUGAGGACCUGAUUUAAGAAAGAAAAAAAAAAGCAAAGGAAAAAAAAAAGGCCAAAAAUGUGCAUUUGAAACUAGUAGCGAUGACGCAUCUAGGUGGGAGUGCUGCACAAAACAAACAAGCUAGCAAACUGUCUGUUACAAAUCCGGAUCGUGCAACGGGGUUUGGUCACUCACAACUCGGUUUGAUCGCAGCGCCCUUCGCUGCGGGAGCAACCAAAACAAAAAUUAAUGAUAUGAAAGGGAAUCCUAGAAUUAUAUGCUAAAGGCAUAUUUUAUGUUUUGCUGUAUUAACUGACGAUCAAAACUAAUGGCAGAAAAAGAGAACCGAACAAUUUCUAUGUAAUGUACAGAUACUAGCAUUGCACAUAUAGUCUGCUUUCUGUUCCUCCAGAACUUGCGUCCCUGUUAAUGUAGUGGAAAAAAAAUAAGAACUUUUCUGUUGUGCUGGUCUUGUAAGUUUGUCUACCAGUAGGAGCAAGGUUUUUCAUAACUCCUGUUUUUCUUUUCUUUCCUUUUGCCUCUCCCCUCCAUCCCUCCCAUCCUGGUAAAAAGUCUCACUGGGCAGAAAAGCGAACACCACUUUCUAAGGACCAUUUUUAGGAACGCGAUGGCAGUUUCUUUCCAACCAAGGGAGUCUUUUCUUUCCUCAUCGUGUAUCUUUCUCAAGCCGCCACAUGGCCGGCAGACUUUUUGCAGAAUAGAGCAGGGCAAACUUUAUGUUUACAGUGCACAACCGAUCGUAACAAGAAUCCUGUGAAGCAUCUUUGGCAAGCAGCCCCUCACCCAGGCCGUAGGUUCGCAUCUAGAAGCCAAGAGGUUUUUGUAGUUGUAGCGGGGCUUCUGCAUGAGACGGCGAUUUCCCCAUAGGAGCUAAGGGCCUUUAUGGCCCCGUCCGGUCCCCGUUUAGGCACUUGUACUGCAGUGGUUAAGAAGAAAAUUGAUUGAUGCGUAGUGAUCUAAAAAGUACUUUUGCAGUGAUUUUUAAAGAAAAAAAAAAAUAAGUCUUCUGUUCAUUAUUUUGCCUAACAGGAAAUUUAUUUAUUUGACACGAUUUUAAGUAACAUAGGCUUUCCAGAGGUAAAUUAGCAGCACGGAGUAUAAUUUCUUCUUUUUUUUUCUUUUUCAAUUUUUUUUUCCUUUUUAUUUUUAAUUUAUGAUCAUUUUGUAUGGUCUCAGCAGUUGAAUGACCUCAUUACUAAUAUUUGUUGUAAAAGUGAAGCUUGUUUGCCAACCAAUAAACAACUGAUCACAAUUUAGAAGACACUGUAUGUAUGUACUGUACAAUUAAUCGCUCUUCUCUGUUGUUCCUUUCUCCAUUGCUGUCUUCAGUAUGAGUUUCCAACUCCUUUAGGGUAUGGGUGAGCAGUGCCAAAGAGAGGAGGCCUGGCUGAGCAAUUUAAGCACAAAUGUUACCCAGCUACAGCUGAGUAGAAGUGUCAGGCUAGCAGCACUUGUUUCUGGAUGAGAACAAAGCUGAACCACAUUUCUUGCAGGUUAUCCUAGGUCUGUUUUGUGCCUACUGUGUAAACCAGAAAAUGACAUGCAGAUGAUUUGAGCAUAGUAUUUCAUGUGUCUUUUUAAUCAUUGUAAUGAUUUUUUAAUUUUUAAUUUUUUAUUUUUUACUUUUGAUUCUUCUGAGAUUAAAUACCGCUGGUAGCAUGUCAAAGAGUAAAACAAGUCCCCGUUAGGCCUCAGUCAUUGUUUGCUGUCUCUUUAUUUUCUUGCUCCAGACAUAUGCAGACCUAUCCUUUGCCAAAGGUUCUAUUGCCAGCCUGGGCAACAUUGUGCCAGGAACCCCACUGCGCUUCCCAGUAGCCCAACCCCUUUUCAGGUCCCUCCAGAGCAACUGGGUCUGUGCAAGGGCUGUCCUGAGCCACCUGAGGUGUUCCUGCAGCCAACAGCUCAGGCCAAAAUGCCUUGGGAAGGAGACCUCAUUUCUGACCAGGCUGUGCCUCCUGCCAGGUCUAGAUUUUGGCCUUUCCCACCAGGAGUUUGGGAAUCACAGCAGAACAGCCACCGGCUGUGCCCUUGCUCUUGAUACUGAUGCCCCACUGGCUUCUAACUUGCUGCCUCCUUGUGUGGUUUUAUUUUCUGUGCCAGCAGGGACUGAGCUGGGAGGCAAGUGGUAGAUUCAUGCACACAACUGUUCAGAUUCUAUAGCCAAACCAAUCUUUGCUGCAGUCCAAUUGAGGCUGUGAGGUCUUGAAGUACCUCUGUUUUGGAGAAAGUUAAUGCUCUUCUACCAUAUUAGUCUCCAAAAAGUGAUUUUCCAAGGAUUUGGUGGGAUUAAACUCCUACAGAGGGUGAGAUCCACUGUAGCAAAUAUUGCUAUGUUAAAAUGGGAGGCGGGUGAUCAGUGCAGCGUGCCUGAAACUGCAAGAACAAACCAGUAGUGGAUUUGCUAUGAGGUGACUGUGUCCUACUAAGUAUCUUUGGCUUUCUUCAAUCCAAAUGGUCGUUCUCACCUAGCCCCUUCCCAUGUAUUUCUGAUUCAGCAGGAAACAGGAUUUUUUCCCCUUCUUCAUCCCUUCUCGCAAGAGGUUCUGUCCUCCAGCUACCAUGCCUAUUAGCACUUUGAUUGCAAAAACCACUGUUUAUUUUCAAGCUGAUUAUUUCCAUCCCCAGGCUGAGCUGGCACCACAGGGUUCACUGCUGGUGCUUCUUACAAAUUCGGAAACAGCUGAAUCACAAAACAGAGGGGAAAUAGGUAUCAUUAAUUACACCGAGCCAAAUAUGUUUUAAGACUGUCAUUUGGUUUGGGGAGGAAGGGAGCAAGAUGGAGGUAAUCUCUUUUUCAUCUUUUCCUCUUUGAAACACUUUCUUAUCAUGUCAGAUAGUUGAUAAUUGGCAUGGUGAAGGUUUCUGCUUGUUGAUAAGUAACUCAAUAGACGUAAGUGUUAUGUGACUGGCAAUACAGCGGUGUCUUUUGUGCAGACUGCAGCACGUGAAACUUGGCUAAAGCCCUUGAAGCCUAAAAUGCUGUCGGAGUGGGAGGUAGAACUGCAGAACUUGAGACAUUUCUUAAUGCUGAACAAAGGCAGGGAGAUGCAAGAGAACAGCGUGUGGUACACAUGAUGCUUGACGAAGAGGCAGUAACAAUUAUGGUAUUAAAUCCCGUACCUAUGAUUGGAGCACACAACUUUGCCAGCUGGGCUGAAGUGGGCAAACAGCCCUGUAUCAGAGGUAUCUUCUUUUUUAGAGCUUUGUUAAAAGAAAGAAAGGGAAAAAAAAAAAGAAAAAGAAAAAAAAAGGACUUACAUUUAGAGAAUAUUGAAGCUUCAUUUGACUGCAAUAAGCAUCUAACUUUCCAUGGAAAACAGAGUAGAGGCAAAAAAGAAAUUCUUGGUCCUGCGGAGCCAUCAAUCUUUUAUACCGACCUUCCCUGCUGGAAGCAUGGGACCACUUUAAGGAGAUGUUGGUUGGGGAUGGGCAUGUAUGGAGUGAGGAUUUCCAAUGACAAUGCAUAGCUUGAGUCAUCCUUUCUUGUGAAAGUCUUGCUUGCGGGUGGGAAAGGAAAAUGGAGAUGUGCAAGGCUGCGAGGUGAGCACUGAGCAUUGCAUGCAAUGUCCCAUCAUCCUGGGACAUUUUGCAAGUAGCAGAUCUCUUUCUCCCAUUUUCCCUCUAACCUGCACAUAAGCAAGGUUACUUUCUUUGUGUAAUCUCGUAUCAGAUGUUGGAUUGCCCCAUAGCUACUGGAUGCACCAGUACGCUGGGCUAACACUAAGUUUCCUACUGCUUAGGGACACUUAGGCUCCAAAGGGCAGUGCUGCUCAUUUUCUGCAAAAGCCAUAAGGCACAAGCUGCAUGAGACUGUAAAGAUCUCCCCAAAACUUGAGAAGGAGAGACGAGACAUGACGAGAAAGACUACAAGACUAUGUAGGCUAGAAGUUUAGGAUGUUCAUCACAGCUUUGGAAACACCACAUAGGCAAUAUUGCUUACUACGGUGCUGCUCUUUUCCUCCUAGUGGUUGCAUUUAAUUCCCUGAAAUCUGAGUGAUAAGGGUCCUUAUGUCCCUGCCUGUGUCCCUGUUGCCCUCACACACUCUUGAUCUUGACAGUUCAUAAAGAAUAUAAUACCCUGCAGACUUGCCUGCACAACAGGAAUGAAAGGAUAGCUCGUCUUAUUAAAAGCUGUCUCAGGAGAGCCUAAGAGCAGUGGCUUGGUCAUCUGUCUCAAUCUGAUCUCUAACUUCCAUUUGAAAAGUUCUUUAUUUUUAGCUACCUGCUGCAUUCAGCUAGACUCUAUGCAAAUUUUAUUCAAUGAAUAUUUUAGGGUUUAAAUAGUCUGUGCUCAUGAACAUUCUCUAAGCGUCAUGUUGGCACAGGUUCUCUGGUAGCGGAGCUGAGAACAUCCUGCAGCACAAAGCUGAAAGCAGGUAAAAUGAGUGAUUAAUGCUGCCAGAGAAGGCAGCAGCCACAUUGUCAGUGGGCAUCCUGGGCAGGGAUACUUGCAGCAAAAGCAAGUGGGGCUACGGGCCCAGGACGGGGAAGCACUCAGUCCGCAGCCGGUUUUUCCUGCUGGGCGUUGAGCCGGGGCUAGAUGAGCACUCAGUGGGGCAGCAUGUCCUGGGGAUGUGUGGGGUCGUACAGCUGGUGACAUGUUUUCCCAGUUCACAGGAUAUGGUUGGAUUAACACUGAAAUAUUGAGGCUAUUCAGUAUAGCCAGAACUUGGAAAUCUUCCCCUUCCACACCAGAAUAGCUCUUAACAGGUGGUUAUGGUUUGUUGUAUUUGGUACUCCAGACGGUGAUAGUCUCCUCCAGCACAAUGCCAACAAAACAACUCAGCUUCCUAACUACUUGCUGUCUUUUUGAUUUUCCCCCUCCCUCACUUCUUUUCUUAUGUUUCUACUCCUUAAAUACUCUGUACACAUGUAAAAACCCAAACUAAAACCUCGAUAAUAAAAUAUAUAUAUAUUGGUAAA